ACUUCGCGAGAAAGAGAGGGAGAGAGAGGCCCCAAUUCUCGGUAUCUGUUGAGAGAGAAACGCAGAAGAGGAGAGAGAGAGAGAGACCUCCCUUUUGAUCUGAGGAGGGGAUCGAAACCACCCUUUUGAUCUCCGAUUCUCCGAGGAUUUUUUUAUAUUCCUCUCCUUUUUACCUUUCGAAAAGGGAUCUGAGGUGCAUAAAGCCAUAAUGGAGCGAUCUUUGAUGGAGAUCAUUGUGAACGACACGAGUGGAGGUGGAGAAUCCAUCCUCGCAUCAAUGAAAUUCGCGGUCCUACCGAUCGCGAAGGUGUUUACGGUGUGUUUUUUGGGGUUUCUAAUGGCCUCCAAGUACGUUAACAUUCUCCCCGCGAAUGGUCGGAAGCUUCUUAAUGGGCUAGUCUUUUCCGUCCUCCUUCCUUGUUUGAUAUUCUCUCAACUUGGACGAGCAAUUACCAUCCAAAAGAUGAUCGAGUGGUGGUUUAUUCCCUUUAAUGUGAUUUUGGCAACAAUAUCAGGUUCAUUGGUAGGUCUUCUUGUUGCUUUGAUUGUUCGACCUCCAUAUCCCUACUUCAAGUUUACCAUUAUACAUAUUGGAAUAGGAAAUAUUGGGAAUAUUCCACUGGUCCUGAUUGCAGCUCUUUGUCGAGACAAAUCUAACCCAUUUGGUGAUCCUCACAAGUGUAGCCAGGAUGGCAAUGCUUACAUAUCUUUUGGUCAAUGGGUUGGUGCAAUUAUUUUGUACACAUACGUGUUUCAGAUGCUUGCUCCUCCGCCAGGUGAAACCUAUGGUGGCAGUGAAGAGGAGAAACUUCCAACAAGGGCACCUCUCAUCAACACUGCACCUGAACAACAACCUUUGCUAACUAGAGAAGAGCCUGAAACAAGUCCGUUGGGAUCUUCAAAGAAAGCGAAGCUAAUUGGCCAACUACACUACCUUAUUGACAAGUUGAAGAUAAAACAAAUUUUGCAACCUCCUAUUGUUGCUUCUAUUUUGGCAAUUGUAAUAGGGACUAUACCAUCUCUGAAGCACUUGAUCCUUACGGAUGAUGCUCCAUUAUUCUUCUUCACCGAUAGUUGCCUUAUACUUGGGGAAGCUAUGAUUCCAUGUAUCUUGCUUGCUUUGGGUGGCAAUCUUGUUGAUGGACCAGGUGCAGGGAGUAAAAGGCUUGGACUGCGAACCACUGCUGCCAUUAUAUUUGGGCGGUUGGUCUUGGUUCCUCCUGCUGGCUUAGGCAUUGUCACUGUGGCUGACAAGCUUGGCUUCAUUCCCAAGGGUGACAAGAUGUUCAAAUUCGUCCUUCUCCUUCAGCACUCUAUGCCAACUUCAGUGCUCUCUGGGGCUGUUGCUAGUCUGAGAGGGUGUGGAAAGGAAGCAGCUUCAAUUCUAUUUUGGGUUCACAUUUUUGCUGUGCUUUCUAUGUCUGGAUGGAUUGUUCUUUUUCUGAGAAUGCUUUUCUAAAAGCCUUUCUUUAUCAUGGGAAGGAUUUUCUCCGAGACAAAUGAUUCAGAACCGUCGUCCACAGAGACGACAUCUGCUGUAAUUAUUCUCUACUGUUUCCUUUAAUAUUUUGGCCUCAUUUAUCUUAUGGGUGAAUUGGAGAUUCAAAGGUUCGGUUGCUAUAAAUUAUACUAGGAUCCCAUGAAGAGGCAACCUGUCCAUUGGAGGAUCCAGCUAGAGUCGCGCCUUUGAUUGUUUAUUGAAAAAGAUUAAAUAGCAAUGACCUUCAUUGCUGUUUCGAUUUUAUGUAUUUAUGAUUCUUUCCUGCUUGUUUGUGUUCCGUAUUGGAAAUGGUAAAAGGAAUAAGCAGCGCAACUUGGCUAGUGCAACUAUAGGGACGCUAGUAGUAUUUUUUCUAGUCUUGAGUUCAAUAAAUGCAACAAUGUUGUUUUUGUUGCUGUAGUUUUUUUUUUUUUUUUUUUUUUUAGUGUUGUUUGUAGACCUAAAUAAUUGAGUUUCUGGUCAGAUCAUUGCAUUUGUUGCUUCGUCCGUUUAUUUUUAAGCACCAUCUUCUUUACAACAAA